GCGGAGUUGAAAAAGAUAUUUAGAUUGGAAGGAAAUCCAUACUGUGGUGUGGAUUAUGCCGGGCAAAGUGAAGGUUCGCGUGGUGGCAGGACGGAAUUUGCCAGUAAUGGACCGAUCCAGUGACACCUGCGAUGCGUUUGUUGAGAUCAAGUUAAGCAACACAACCUACAAGACAGAGGUGUUCAGGCAUUCCCUCAACCCAGAGUGGAAUUCAGAGUGGUUCAGGUUUGAGGUUGAUGAUGAAGAGCUGCAGGAUGAACCUUUACAAAUCAGGGUUAUGGACUAUGACACGUACAGUGCAAAUGAUGCCAUAGGCAAGGUGUAUAUUGACCUGAAUCCCCUGCUGUGCAAGGAGGCUGGAUCUCUGCUGUCAGGAUGGUUCCCCAUCUAUGACACCAUGCACGGAAUCCGUGGAGAAAUCAAUGUUAUGGUGCGAGUGCAUCUAUUCAGUGAUUCCAACAAGUACAGAGAGUCUUCCUGUGGAGUGCAGUUCUUUUACAGUAGUACCAUACCCUGGGGAUUCAAGGCCCAGGCGAUCCUUGGAUUUGUGGAGGAGUUGGUAGUCAAUGACGAUCCAGAGUACCAAUGGAUUGACAAGAUCCGCACUCCCAGGGCAUCCAACGAAGCUAGGCAGACUCUCUUCUCCAAGCUGUCUGGUGAAGUACAAAGAAAAAUUGGACUCAAAGCUCUGGAACUCGGAGGCAAUGCUGUGAUAGGCUACCACCAGUGCUUUGAUUUGGAGGGCGAAUCUGGCAUCGUGGUGCGUGGCAUCGGUACGGCGGUAAUCCUCGCGAAAUCGGCGGACGCAGAUGAUUCCUCGGCCUCCCCCAUCGAAACCCUCAGAGAGUCCUCGCCCCUGGCCGAGGAGCAGCAGUCUGGAUCGCCCUCCGAGAGGACUUCUUCCUGCCACUCUCCAGCCCGGCCCGCCCUCUCCUCCGCACACAGAAGGUCUUCGGAUUCCGACCUCAGCAGCACGCCCAAAGGUGGCGGUGUUUGUGACAACGGCGGAACCAAGUGCAUCAAGAGACCCGCUGUUGCGCAGGAGAGCCUCAGUAUGCUGGAAUACCCGUUCUUGACGAUGAGACAGUUUCCGCCGGGAUUCGUGCAACACGUCGGAGGAGUGGUCUCAGCCCGUUCCGUCAAGCUGCUAGUGCAGAUCAACAACCCAGAUGAACCCGAGACACGUGAUGCGUGGUGGACAGAACUACGGAAGGAGGUGCGCUCCCAUAUCCGGGCCCUGGGGUGCAACGUCGUCUUGGGAUACAUGGAGACUACCAACAUCAGUGACGAUAUUUGCGUGCUGUCUGCAUCCGGCACUGCAGCUGUGCUCAGCAGCUCGGAGCAAGAUGUGGGGCUGUCCUCCAGCCUUCAGCCCCGGCCGAGCCUUGUCAUUGAACACGAGAAGGCCCCCAAAGAGCGGACCUCCAAGGGAGACAUACAUGCUACCACCCAGGGAAAGCACGAAUGGGGAGAAGAUCACGUGAAAUCCCCUGGAUGCCGAAUCUGCCACAUUCCCUACUCGGAAUCAAGCGUCCCUUUCCCCACCAACCUGGUACGAUGUCACGUGUGCCGGAAAUCUAAAGUUCCUGACGUCUUGUUCAUGACUAUAGAGCCACCUCCCAAUAUAUUGGUCAAUGGCAAAAGCUGUUUGCUGCAAGCGAGGGUGUGUAAAGCCAAGAAGGAUGGAAAAGGAGAACAAAAUGCGAAGGAGAUAAGUGAUAGUUUACCUUUUCUAGAGUAUGAAUUACAUCGGCAGUUGCUGAAUAAAUUGAAGGUCAAAUGUAUGAACGCCAUAUUUGGCCUCAAAGUUCAAGUUUCCAUCGGAGAUAAAUUGAUUGUUGGGAUUGCUACCGGAACGGGAGCCUUCCUUUCCGCCCUUCCUCCCCCGAGUAUUCCAAAGUUGGCAUGCGGGAAGAGCACGGAUGAGAAGAAAAUGAGUGACAUUCAAGCUCAGAUUCAAGAUGCCAUGGCCAAAAACAAAGAAUAUUUUGGGAUCAAGAUACCAGCUUGGGAUUCUUCUUCCGAGGGCUUGUCCAAGGCUGAGGAUGGCAACAGCAGCGGGGAAGAGGAAAUGGACUUGUCGGCGGGGAAUAAAGACGCCUGCAUACUGGAGGUGGACGAUGCAGAGGAUGUGGACAUCAUCGCCCAACUCAUUGAUCCGAAGGUGCCUCCAGGCUUUGAUCUCUGCAACACUGAAAUUUUGCCCGGUCUGGAGAAUUUUGUCUGCAAUCUUCAGAUGUUUACCCGCAUCUUCCGGCACAAGAUUUGUAAUCCACCCGAAGGCACCCACAUCUCCAAGACGUUUGAAGCCGUCAUAAAGAGUCUGUUUGUGAAACUGAGGCGGUUGGUUCCGUGCUGCCUGACCGGUCUCGACUUUCGGGUCGAUCUCGUGGAACAAGACGACUUGCAGGUGACAGUACUAGGCCUUGCUGUGGGGUUGAAUAACUCGUUGACGGAAGCUAGCAGUUCGGCCUGCAAGCAAUCUAAAAAAAGCGGUGACUACGAUUUAAUGUUCCCGAUGGAUGAAGACAAAGUGGCGGAUUCGGCUCCAGUGUUUGGACACAAACGAAAGCCGUCGCUCCACAUGAGUGAGAGAAGCUACUGCUACCAUCUGUCUCUGGGGGAGCAUAACGGCGUGGACAUAACGCCCCUGAGCUACAUCCCCGGCAAAAAGAUCGACCAGUACCUGGGAGACCUGGACUUCUUCUUUAUCCGGGAGAGCAACAGCAUCAGAGAGAGUGGCGGGCUAAAUGGCUUCAUCCAGAGCUUCGUGGCAGAGACGCUGGCCAUCGUUCGCGCCCACGUCUCGGCGCUGGGGGGCAACGCCAUGGUGGCCUUCCACAUGACUGAGUUCAUUCUGCUGCAUAACCCGCACAAGAACCAGGGGCAGUGUUUGGUUAAUGUCGCCGGGGACGCGGUGUCCGUCAACAUCCCUCAGGCUCAGUCUUCUUCAGAAGCAGACGACGGAAAGGGAGUCUUCUCUUACAUGUGAAUGUGGAAACUAGUUCUUUUCCUUUCCAUGACUUUUGAAUCUCUUUCAGAACUGAAUCUUCUGAAUCUUUUAAUUCCACUGCUUGUGGAAUGGAGGUCCUUAAGAUCUCUUCUGCCUGCUGGGAAGGAAUGUACAGAUGAGGUUUAAGAUGUGAUAACGUUUCGAUAAAUCAGCAAAGAUCGGCAUAGUUUUCUCAUUCAAAAUACAUUUACCUAUCUUUACCUAAUAUGAAAAGUGGCGUCUAUAAACAUUGAAAGAGACUUUCGUUUAUUGGGCUAACAUUUCACUAAAAAGUCCAAAAUUGGGACCGAGGGGCUGUAAUUUUUUUAUGUUAAUCCAGACAUAGUCAUGAGUCAUCGGUUUUGUCAUAAUUGAUGUUAAUCAUCUAAUU